AUGAGGGAUCAAGGCCAUUUCCGAGAUCGAGGUUUGUCCAGAGGAAACCUUGAAACUGAAAAAGGACACCCUCUGGCGCGUCGAGUCAUAGAAGAGGUGGUGCCCCCACAUUUUCUCAUCCCCAAAGUAACCCCAUUCACCGGGAAGGGUGACCCAGAGUCUCACCUAAAGGCGUUUCGGGCUCAGAUGCUCAUAUCAGGAGGGAACGACGCACUUCGAUGCAAAAUGUUCGUGGGGACUUUGACAGGCACGACACUAAAAUGGUUCAGUAAAAUUCCUAAUGGCUCUAUCACCACGUUCUCGGACUUCUCGCGAUUAUUUAUGGAUCGUUUUUCUGUUAAUCGCCCAAAGCAACUCCAAAUAGCAUAUAUGUUUGACAUCAAACAGAAACCUGAGGAGACCUUGAAGCAGUUUCUCAAUAGAUUCUACGACGCAAGCGUGGGACUCCUAAAUCCUAGCGAGGAGAUGCUAGUGGGAGCUUUUGUCAAAGGGCUCCGAGCGAACCUCUUCUGUGAAUCGUUGAUCAGAUCGCCUGUGAUCACUUUGGCAAAGGUACGAAGCGGAGCAGCAAUCCAUAUUGAAACAGAGGAGGCAAUGCAGCGCAAAAGAUCGGAGGAGACGUCCGAUAGCCAAUCACAAAAGCAGAGAUUCUCGACGACAAAUACUGGAGGCCUCAAGUACUCGGGGUCGAACCAAGUUUUCCCCUUACAAAGAUCAAAGAUCCCCCGAAAAGAGAUUCUCAAAAUCAACAUACCCACAGCUGACCAAGUCCAAGUCCCAUAUCUUGAAAGACAAGGAGAUGGUUGUUUCUUGUUAACCAGCCAACUAGCCAACCUUGCCCGACGAGGCCUAAUACAGAGUUAUCUGAGGCCGAAAAAUAUUAGAAAAGUUACGAAUAGCCAAAGUGGAAGCCUAGCGGGGGAGCAACACGAAAUACCAAUAUUAGGGGAUUUCAAUACCAUCGCGGGUGGAUUUGCAGGAGGUGGAACCACAAGGUCGGGUCGUAAACGUUAUGCUCGGAGUGUCAUGAUGACAGAUAUGAUAAGAUGCGAAACUUCUGCACCCAAGCUGAUUUUUUCUGAAGAAGACCUCGAAGACGUCAGCCCACAUGAGGAUGACCCCGUUGUGUUGUCAGUCAUAAUGAUAGGCAGAAAUGUACAUCGAGUAUUAAUCGAUCAAGGAAGCUCAGCGGACGUAAUGUUUUGGGAUACCUUCGUAGGAAUACAAGUUCCCCGAGACCAACUUCGCCCCUACGAUGGAAUUCUAGUAGGCUUCUCAGGAGAACGUUAUGUGGACCUGAGAACUACUUUCUCGGACAAGAAUGCUGCAAAAACAAUCACGAUUCGAUAUAUAGUGGUCAACACUCCUUCGGCAUACAAUUUAUUACUGGGAGGCCAUCACUGA